AGGCGAAGGAUGGCGCUUCAGAAGCUCAUGUUUGGAUCGAUUGCUAACGUUGGGGCUUCCCCCCUUGCUUCCCUAGCGAGAGAGGACGGUGGCUCUGGCGCCGUGUCUUCUAGGUUUGCGCAGGCUGCCUGGGCUGGGCGCAGAAUGAAUUCUCCUUUGGAGCUGUACUAAGAGGAGGAUGUAGAAGUUUAAUAGAACCUGUUACUAGGGA